AGAGGAAAGCGGCCUCGUACCACGCGUUGUGUUUCCGAGCGCGCGCGUUGAUGACGCCAUGACGGCCGCGCCAGGCCAGAACCCCCUGUGGGCUUGGGCUGGACCCGGCGCCCUCCCGGCCGCGGGCUGAGCUUCUUGGGAUGUUGCAAUGGUUGGAAUUGUUCCAGACAUGGUUGCUGUGGUGCUAUCCCGGGAGACCAUUUUGAUGGAGGACUAGUACCAUUUAGUGAUGGGCUGUGGGACCAGUAAAGUACUUCCUGAGCCUCCCAAGGAUGUUCAUUUGGAUCUUGUUAAAAAGGUCGAGCCCUACACUGGUUAUAAAACUGACAUAUAUAAACUUUUCAUCAAAGGUGAUGGCGAUGCCAUCAAGUCUGCUAUUCCUUCCCCUCCGUGUCACACCAAUCCGUAUGUGGAACAGCAGGAGCCCCGUAAGAACAGAGUGGCCAAGUACCGUGCCAAAUUUGAUCCCAGAGUGACAGCCAAGUAUGACAUCAAAGCUCUGAUUGGCCGAGGUAGCUUUAGUCGCGUAGUACGCGUGGAGCACAAAGCUACCAAGCAACCUUAUGCCAUCAAGCUGAUAGAGACCAAAUACCGCGAGGGGAGAGAAGUAUGCGAAUCGGAGCUGUGUGUGCUACGCCGAGUGCGGCACACCAACAUCAUCCAGCUCAUCGAAGUUUUUGAGACUCAGGAGCGUGUCUACAUGGUGAUGGAGCUGGCCACAGGAGGUGAGUUGUUCGACCGUAUCAUUGCGAAAGGCUCUUUCACAGAGAGAGAUGCCACCCGAGUGCUACAGAUGGUGUUGGAUGGGGUUAAAUACUUGCAUACGUUGGGCAUAACUCAUAGAGACUUGAAGCCAGAGAACUUGCUGUAUUAUCACCCAGGGAUGGACUCUAAAAUCAUGAUCACGGAUUUCGGGCUAGCGAGUGCUCGAAAGAAAGGAGAUGACUGCUUAAUGAAGACUACCUGUGGGACCCCAGAGUACAUUGCUCCAGAGAUCUUGAUCAGGAAGCCUUACACUAACUCUGUGGACAUGUGGGCGCUUGGGGUGAUCUCGUACAUCCUGCUAAGUGGGACGAUGCCUUUUGAGGAUGAUAAUCGCACACGCUUGUAUCGGCAAAUUCUCAAAGGAAAAUACAGUUACUCGGGGGAGCCCUGGCCCAGCGUGUCCAAUCUUGCUAAAGAUUUCAUUGACCGCCUGCUCACGGUGGAUCCCGGCGACCGGCUGACAGCACUUCAAGCCUUAAAGCAUCCCUGGGUGGUAAGCAUGGCGGCCUCGUCUUCCAUGAAGAACCUGCACCGCUCCAUCUCUCAGAACCUCCUCAAGAGGGCGUCGUCUCGUUGCCAAAGCACCAAAUCAGCUCAGUCCACCCGCUCCAGCCGUUCCACCAAAUCCAACAAGUCUCGCCGGGUGCGGGAGAGGGAAUUGCGAGAACUGAAUUUGCGGUAUCAGCAACAGUACAAUGGCUGACAGCUCAACAAGAGACCAUUUCACUUCCUUCUUUUCGUCCCUGGGGCGCGUUCCGCAGGAUGCCCACCCAGUGCUCCAACUGCCUUAUUUCUUCUCUGGAAGCUCAGUCUUUGUGUCUGUCUUUCUGUUUUGAAAGCAAUGGAUAUCUUGGGACAUUGGCGCCUUUGAGAAAAUGCAGUACCUCUGCCAUGGUGGGAAAUGAGGAAUGUCUGUUUUUGACCUUCCCGGGGUCAAGUCCUGAUCUGAUGGUCUGAAAUACUGGAAACCCAUGAAAGGGAGAAUCCUUACUCAGUUUAAAAUCUUCGCUACCACUGCUUAUUUAAUGCCAAAAGUCCAUUGUUGUUGGCACAGUGUCUGAUGGUUGAGAGAAUUAGAAGGCGAUCCUCUGCCCACUUACCUGGAAAUAAGCUUGAUUAAAUUAAUGGGGCUGACUUCUGCAUAGAUGCGUAUAGGAAUACACACUAGGCUCACGCUUAAGAUCUGGAAUCACCUGGAGCUCGAGGCACUUCCAGGAGUGCACAAAGGGAUGAUCAAUUUUCUUUACCAGUGUGACCUCUUGGACUAUGCUAAACUUUUUUUUCCUAGAGAUUCUAGUAACAUUUAAAGUUUGGGGGGGGGGAUGUUCUCUAGAUCUGGGCCAACAUUUAGCUGGAAAUGGCUUGGGAUGAGCUUUGUUCUUCCUUCUUGCCUCUUAUGUAUUAGUGGCAUUGCUUUGAUCUUCAUUUUGGGUGGUUUUUUUCCCCACUUAAUGCUGGGAUGAAUUGUUAUAAUCCUUGUUAUCAUUCCAAGUCAGCCAUAGCUGCAGGAUGUGGAUCAGCAUUCCACAUUCCCAGAGACUGCAAGAACCUUAACAACUUUGUCUUCCAACAUCAUAUGCUACCAGUAGAUGUCCUAUUACAAUGACAGAAUGAGCAGUAGAAAACUCUCAUCAAAUGUUGUGGUCGAAGUUUGACUGUUGUGCCUGCCUAUAGAAUGUGCAGAGAAUACAGCUUAGACUCAUUAACUUACAUAGUUUAAUGAGAUCCACAAAUAUUCUACACUGCACAGACCCCCAAGGAUUAACCCACUUAAAAAAAAAAAAUUCUACAGUUGCAAACAAAGAGUCUGAAACCAAAACCAGUAAUCUACCGUAGCCAUGUUUUAAAUAAAACCAGGUGAAGCAAUGCAAAUGAUUAUAACAAGAAGAUUUGCACAUUUAUCAAAAUGUAUCUUCAAAAUCAUUAACCAACUUGAAGGAAAGUUGCAUUCUUCGAUCCUUGUUUAAGCCUGAUAUGCAGCCAAAUGGAACUUUGACGAUAGCAUCAAUCCUUUAAUUUCAAAUGGCGUGGAGAAUCUGGUUUUAAUGGGUCCAUAUAGACAGUGCAUCAACCUGCACGUACAAAACUAGCACAUCAGGGAACAGAGGCACCAGAUCUUUAUUAGCAAAAAGAUUUGCAGGCUGUGGGAAUGGAUUCAGAGUGGCACCCCCUGCCUGCAUGGUGAAGUGGUCCAAUUAAUUCUGCGACCUCGUUCUGCAGCAUAGGAAGACUCCCCUGUGAAGCAAAGGCUGGCAAAAGACCAUCUGGAGUUUCCCAAGUAGUUGAACCUAGCUUUGAAAAUAACCAUCCAGAGAUGCUUUUAAUCCUCUACGUCAGCCCAAGUGGCGUUUAGUUGAUCUUUUUGUCCUCUUGAUCUUUUUUCUCUCCUUUUCCAGGUUAGAAUUGUGGCCAAGACAGCUAAAAAGUGCUUUUUUAUCAAGAAACCAAGUCUUUAUACCCUCUGGCAGCUCCUGUUUUGCAACCAACACAGAUUUCUUUAAUGAUCAUUAACUGGCGGUUUAAAGUUUAGCAUUUUCAUCAGUCUUGCUAUUCAAGGGAUUUUAUCACGUUGGGCAGUUAAAUGCCGCUGGAUUUUAUGAGCGUUAUGAGCCUAAAGAUACCGUAAAUGCCGGCGUAUAAGACGACUUCCGCGAGCACUGAAAUCGGCACCAAAGACGGGGGUCGUCUUAUACGCCGGAAAUACUGGUAGUUUCCAGCGUAUAAGACGACGUUCUAGGAAUGCGGCCUGGCUAUAAAGACGGGGGUCGUCUUAUACGCCGGGUCGCCUAAUACGCCGGCAUAUACGGUACUUUUUACUCCUGUGAGUGAUGAUUCUAGAGGUGUCCCUGCAGCUCAUUUUUUACAUUUACUUGAGCAAUGCAGUUAUUACACUUUGGAUUCAUCUCUACUCCUGUUACUAAGCACACCUUGGGUAGAAUUGGUUUCUCAGGUCAGGGUGCCAUCUAGUGGUUCAGGACACCCUUGCCUGUCAGAUCAGUUAGUGCAAACGUCUAUUAACGCUUGACUUCAUAUCCUAUUAUUGUUUACCAUAAUUGGCAUGCCUUAAAUCAUAUUUUGCUAGCCGUUGGGCCAUACCAAAUUUCACGUUGAUGUUUGCAUCAAAGGUGCUCCUUCUUUUUCAAAGAAAGUCCAGUUGUCUCUUGAAAAAGCACCUUUGGGACAACCAUGACCCGAGUGAGAAUUUCUAUGGACAUUGGCCUUUGCAGUAUUUAUUUGACUCUUCAGAAAAUUCUUAAGACUCUUCUUUGUUCCAUUCCUUCUGGAUAAGAUGUCAAUUUGACCCCCUGAUUGUCCAUGGAUAUCAUUGCUAUCUAAGCAUAGAGGCGAGAGAUUUCUGCGAAGGAUGGCUAACUGUAGCCUGCUAAGCCUUUUAUAAUGAUAAGCAAAUCAUUCACAAAGUGGGAUUUUUGUUUUUAAACGCACGCCACAAUUCCUAAGAGAAGAAAAAUGAUGUUUAUCCUGGAUGUGGCAUAACUGUUAAUCCACACUUCUUCCUCUCCCAUUGCAAUUCCUUUUGGUGUUUAGCUGCUAAGUUGAUUUAUCAUAUGUAUGCAAUAACAACCCUUGAAUACUGUCCUGAUCCUGAGAUUAGGUUGUGCCCUUGCUCAAGCUCCCUUUUCUCAAUCUUGGAAAAACUAAGCAUUGUAAAUAUACUGGAACUUAGCGACACUAUGUUAAAAAGUGCAGUUAGUUUGAAAUCCAUCCGUGUCUUGGGAGAAAGAAUGCAAAGUGGGGGUUACGCUCGGAUUUGCUAACAGUGGGACUUUGAGGAGAUGCUAUAGAUUAGAAGUCACUUCUAGCCCACAUUUUGCCACUAGAAAUAUUUUCUCUUUAAGUCCUGAAUUUGAAUAUCAGUGGGUCCUUUAUGUCAGUCUCUUCCUGUCACCUUCUAAGGGCUCAUUGGACUAGGGCCACAGUAAGAAGUGUCAUUGUGUUACUGCCGAGUAGGAAGAAACAUGAGAUCUUUUUCUAGGAGAGCGAUUUGAAAGAAGACUGUCUGGAGCCAAGCAUCUAUGUAUUCCACAAUGUCAGGAUAUUUAGCUUUUAUCAGACACUCUAAUUAUGAAGACUAAGGGUUGUCUUACCUUUAAACUGUCAACUCUUUUUUUUUUUUAAAUCAGGAACUCUUGCACUUUAUCCUAUCCCAAUAAUUUUAUAACGUUUUCCUACGAGCCCCGUGUUUCGACAUUUCCCAUCAUUUGAAGCACAAAUUCCAACGUUUCCCAACAUUUCCACUGAAUCCCAAGACAGUGCUUUAACACUUCUGGCUUUUUAAUGACUUUAUUCUCCAGUGGAAGAAAAAUCGAAUUUGGAAAUGUGACUGGGACUGUACAGUAAUUUACAAGCCAGUCAGAGCGGCACUUCUCGUGAAAUUAUUGCCAGCAAGAUAGUCCUCUCCUGGUGAGGACCACAGUCUUCCUCUGCUUACUAACCUGUGGUGCACCAACAUGGAUUUUUCCCUGCAACCGGUGGAGAGGAUAUGACAGGAGAUCAUUUUAAGCAGGCUUUCUACAUCUGCCAUAAUGCCUAAGUCGGCCUUUAAAUGUUCGUCUCGUAAAUGACCAGGAUUGUUGUGAGUGGAAGCUUUGAUGGGUCAAUACGGGGAUGAAGAUGGAAUUAAAGUAGUCUUGUGUUCUUCUAAGGCUUUGUAAGCAGAAUUCAGCAGUUGGAGAACUUCAAGAAAACGCAUUUGGGAAUGGGAUCAGAUGCAUAAAUCCACCCCUGGAACUUUGCCAAAACUUUCAAAAACUUGCCUUUAUCUCAAGAGUGAUAUAAAUGCCAUUUUGCCACUUUAGUGCCUUAUUUAAACCACUUAGUCAUUUGGAAACCCAGGACUGAAUUACAGCGAGUCAUAGUCCAAAGAACCACUUUGCUGAUGAUGCACACUUAGUAAAUCCAGACUAGUUCCCUUUCUCUCCAUGUUGUGUUACAGAUGGCUUUUGAAACUCAGUGUGUCAAAGGAAGUUUGAUGUAACACAAGGGACCCCUUUGUUCCAAGGAGUGGGGGAAACCAUUACAAAUCUGAGUGGCCGUUUUUGGACUGCUGGCUGUCUCUUUGGGCCCCAUCUGAUGUCACGGAAGCAGAAACAAUACCAACAAAAUGUGAAAUUCGCCCUUGGAAAGGUUAGAGAAAAACCUGGUGCCUGCCCUGCUUUUAAUUUUUCUCAGCUCGGUUCAGCAAGCCACCUUUUUUCCAAACCAUUUAUCUUAAGGAGGCAGUCUUAGAGAUGCACUGAAGUGCUAGAUCAGAGGUGUCAAACUGCCGGCCUACGGGCUGCAUGCGUCAUGCUGAAAGCACGCCCACCCCAGCUCCGGCAAUGGGGAAAAAGCCGCGACGCAUCACGUGACGUUGCGGUACUUUGACACCCCUGUGCUAAAUAGAUAGUAGCUGGCCAAGAUACUAACAAGUACGGUAGUCCUCGGCUUAACAACCAUUUGUUUAGUGACAGUUCAAAGUUAGAACAGCACUGAAAAGGGUGACUUGGGACACUUUUUCACGCUUAGGUUGUAGAAUCCCCAGGGUGAUGGGAUCAAAAUUCAGGCCCUUGGCAAGCGGGAUGUAUUCGCAACAGUUGCGCUGUCCCGUAGUCAUCGUCUCACCCUCUGCAACUUUCCCACAAGCAAAGUCAGUGGGGAAAGCCUUCGUGACCCACUGAAUCAUUGCAAUGAUUUGCUUUAACAACGGCGGCAACAGAGAUUGUAAAAUGGGGCAUGGUUCCUUUAACCACAGAAAAAUUUAGGUCACAGUUGUGGUUGUUAAGUCGAGGGUGUCCUGUAGUUCUGUGUACAGAGAGUGUGUUAGCAGCUGUACAUUGCUGGGGUUUCAUUGAGAACCGUUAAAGAGUUUUUGUCACCAAUUAAGGCUUGAUAGACUUUCCAAGGACCUCAGGGCUGUCUGGAACCCAACGGAAAAUUGUUUGGUUUUUUUGGAUAAGGUUAUUCCUUUCAGAUCAAUACAAUUGGGGUUAGGGGAGGGGGUACUUUCCAAAUAUUCUGUACUCCAGCAGCCCCCCCCCGGUUAUAUCCUGCUGCUUUCCUGCCAAUAUCUGUGUGCUGUGAAUGUGUCACUUUUGGCACUAGGGCAGGGAUGUGUUACCCUUGGCAACUUUGUGGGCUUCAACUCAGCAUGGCUGGCUGGAGCAUUCUGGGAGUUGAAGUCCACAGGUCUUAAAAAGUUAGCAAGAUUGAAUAGCCCUGCACUACAGUCUCCUCUGGAAAUCCUGCAAGGCAGGAUUAAAUGAACUUAGUCUGACUUUACAGAUACUUCGCCUCACUGCCAUAACAUCAACGUUGUCAAAAAUAAUUGUUUCUAGGACUUCCCUUACGCGGCUUCUCUGCCCUACUUUUCUCCCGAGUAGUCAUAUCUGUGAUUUUUGUCUUUGGUGCCUUUGGGGAUUUUUUUUUACACGAUGGAAUCUCUACCUUUUUAGAGGGUGAUUUGAUGCAUGACAGUUAACCUGUAAUGUUGAAAUUUAGUGUAUGGAAUUAUUUAUUUUGUGUAUUCAGUCUGUUUUUAAAAUUUGGAACUGUAACCUUUUAUUCAGUAAACCGUUGAUCCUCACAGA